UUACCAGUCACUGGACAGCCUGCGAAGAGUAAGCGUCCCAAAGAACCUGGAGAAAACAAAAUUAGGCCUGUUAACAAGAAAGUAAAACCCAAGAAUGGCAAAAUGAAGGAGAGAGAGUCUGUGGACUCCUCUUUGAAGUCCCAGACCAUACUGACACAGGUGAUGGAUAAAGGUCAUUUCCAGAAACUAGCUGCCACCUUAAGCCUGGCUGCAGGACAAAGCAUAGAGCUGCGAUGUAAGGGGAGUAAUGUCACUUGGAGCUAUCCUUCUUAUUUAGACACCUUUAAAGACUCCAGACUCAGCAUAAAGCAGCUUGACAGGCACAGUCAGCUGAUCCUUGCAAACUCCACUGCAGCAGACACAGGUGAAUACAGCUGCUGGCUUCAGCUGUGCAAUGGUAACAAAUGCAGGAAGGAUGAGACUAAAACAGGGUCAACAUACAUCUUUUUCACAGACAAAGAGGAGCUUUUUGUACCUACUCCCAGUUAUUUUGAGAUUGUCUACCUGAACCCAGAUAAGCCUGCAGUCAUCCCGUGCCGUGUUACUACUCCUUCAGCAAAAGUGACUCUUCACAGGGAAUUUCCAGCAGAAGAAAUUGAAACAGAUGGAACUGAUAUUUUUUAUGAUGCAAAGAAGGGUUUUGUCUUCCAGCACCCUUCUUCUGAUCAUAAAGGUAUUGUCUACUGCAAAGCAGAGUCACAGGGAGCACCUCAGAUUUCCAUCAAAUAUCACCUACUAUAUGUGGAAGUUCCCAAGGGCCCACCCUCAGCCACCAUCACGGUGUCAUCGGCUAGAGCCGGACUCGGUGACGGAGUUCGUGUCGUCUGCACCGUCCUUGGGGAGCCAGAUGUGGAUGUGAGCUUCAGGUGGCAGUAUCCAGGGCAAGAGUCCGGGAGGCCUGUGAUUAUUCAAAACUUCUGGAGAUUGAUAAACAGAGGAAUUGGCCAUACUACAAGAAUCUCAAAGAGUGUUCUUCUGGUGGAGGAUUUUGAAGACACAGAUGUGGGAAACUUUGUUUGUAUAGCUCAGAACCUACAAGGAGAAACAACAGUAGCUACCAAAGUUGAACUGAAGUGAUAGAAAAGACAUCUGUAUGUUAUUUGACAUUAUAGCCAUUAAUUUUCUUUAUUAAUGUUUAAAUGUAACUUCUCUCUCAGUGUUUCUUUUAUAUGUCAGUGCAUUUCAUGUUGACUAGCUUGGCAGGCCACAACAGAGUUGACUCUGUCCAGCAGUAGUGAGUAGUGAGCUAAUGAAACUACAGUGAAGCAGUAAAGUGUAAGUCUGAACAUGCCUAGGGUGUGUGCAUGUUUGCAAACAGGUGCUCUUUGGGCUUUCCUUUGCACAUGGCCUUUCCCUCAGACUCUUGCAGGAGGUCAGCCUACUCUGUGGAAUGUGCAAUUUUAACAUUAAGAGUACUGUACACGUUUAAAACAACAACAAAAAAGCAAACUAAAAAACCUUGUAACAAAGUUAGCCAAUAGCAGUUGUUUAUUUUGCAAGAAUAAUUAAAUUUCUGAACAUUAUGAAAACAUAAAUGUGUGUGUGCUCAUUUUCAUAGGUGUGUAAAGACAAACCCAAAAUUUUCUCUCCAGGUGAAGAUGAAUACCCUCUAGGACCUUAAUAUAUAUUUAAUAUCUCCAGAGACUUGUAAGUAGUUGGGUAUGCUCGAUUUUCCUCAUGGUGCUGCAUUGUUACACCCUUACAACAUGUAGGUUACUUAAUAGUUCACUCCUCUUUGGAUGUCUGGUGUUAUGUUUAAUAAAUUAUGUAGCAAAUUAUGGUUUUUAAAGGUAAAACUUGCAUUUAUUUAUAUAUUAGCAUUUACAGAACAAAAAAAAAAGGCAAAAAAAGCAAACAUUAGAAUAAUGUUCAGUUUUACAGGAGAAUUUCCUCUUAGGUUAAUAACAAGUUCAACUUCAUUGUAUUAAUUUACUUAGGAGAAAAGGAAAGAUAUUUUCAUUUACACAGAACUAUACCUGGAUAAAUAAGCCACUGUUUUUCUCACCCUGGGUUCAGUUACCAGUACAAAGAAAGAGCUUGCCAGAGGAGAAGGUAAGAACUUGAUAACAACAUUGUUGGACAUUUUGGCAAUGUUUGGUUUUUUUUCUCAGUCUCAAGCACCAUCUUUAUGUGGGCUAGAACUUUAAAUACAAAUCCACUCCUUAGUAGUGAAAUGACAAAACACAUUUAAUGCAAGCCAUGUUACUUACAAGGCAAGUGAAAACCAACUUAUUCUGAACAGACAAGGAAACAAAGCAGGAGCUGGUCCCUUGGUCACACACUUCCCUCUGUUUCAGCCUGAGUUUGGAAUUCCUGAACUUUCUUCUCCUGAAGGCCUGAGGCAGCCCUGUGCUCCAGCUAAUUCAGACCUUUGAGCAGAAGUGUGCAGCACUGUUUGGAGCAGUGGCAGCUCUAAGUGCUAAUGUAGAAAUGGCAGCUUCCCAAUAAAAUCAAUAGUCUGAUUAGUAGAGUAGCUAAUGAAAACAUUGGGCAAGUUUGCUGAAUGCCUUUUCUUCAGCAUGCAGGAACCUAAACCAAUUUAACUGAUAAGAGAAAUACCCCCAUGGUAAAGACUGAAAUGGUUCCAUGCAGGUCUCAUGUGAUAGCCUACAUGGGGAACAUUCCCCAGGAACUUUUUUUUAUCUCUGGCCUCUGAAAAUAAGAUAGCUGGAAAAAAAAAGAGCAUGCAAUAGAACUGACUUUGAAGGUGUAAGAGGUGAGAUUAAUCUGUUAAAAUGUGUCAAGAACAU